AAACAUUCCUCGCGCAGCUGAGAGUGAGUGAGUGUUCAGGGACAUGAUAUCGACUGUCAGUGCUGCUCUUCCCCGCACACAACAUGGGCUCGACCGCCCGUACCACCGAAAGCAGAGCCCUAGCUUCGCUGCAAAGCCCCGGACUCGGUUCUGUGUCGUGGAUCGCGUGUACUGUUGAGAUAUCUGAGGUGUAAAAAAUGUGGUCGAUGGUGCUGUGGACUCAGGACAAGAUGGCAGCAGUAUGAGACGCACACAUCUACAUGCUGUGAGUUCGGUCGAAGUGUGUAAAAUGAUCGGAGAAGACCUGGAUUAUAUCUACUGUUAGUCCGUGUAAAAGGUAUGGCCUCACAAGUCUUGGUCUACCCACCACAUGUUUUUCAAACUCAGACAAGUGCCUUUUGUAGUGUGAAGAAACUCAAAGUUGAGCCCAGUAACUGUGUUUACCAUGAUAGGGCCUACCCACAGACUUACUUGAAUGGUAGAACUCUUGGCAUUGCUUACCCGUCAAAAAUCACAGCUUUGUUUAAGACACGAGAUUCUGUAAUCGGCAGACACAGAGGACAGGAGUUUCCAUUGCAAACGGCUGCUGUACGCGGUGUGCGACGUCAGCAUACCACCACAGCAGCGCAGCAGCAAAAAGGGAGAGUUGCCUCUCAGGAUAAGGAGCCGGAGCACCAGGAAAAAGGAAAGGGUUGCAGCAGUGGAGCUACAGGGGCAGUUGGAAGGGGUAGGGGAGAGGGAAGUGACAGUCAAGAAGGAGGAGGAGGAGGUGGAGGACAGGGUGAAGGUGACGAAGGUGGUGGAGGAGAGGACGAGGGUGACCGGGAAGACUGUGGAGUUUUUAACUUGCAAGACAGCUCCCACAGAUGCGGGCUGAAACGUAAGAGCGGGGAGCUGGAGAACUUGGGGAGCGCCAUGCAGAUUGUAGAGGACCUGUCAAUGUUACCUGCAAUGUUGCAAUCAAAUUUGGGAAACCCACCAGUUGCGAUCCCAGCGACAGUCGGUGGAGGGCCCGCAAAGCAAGGUGGAAAUUCCGUAAAUGGGGAUGGAGACUACCAGCUGGUGCAGCAUGAGUUGCUUUGCUCUUUGAAGAACACCUACGAGGUCUUAGACUUCCUUGGCCGCGGUACUUUCGGCCAGGUAGUGAAAUGCUGGAAACGAGGCACCAAUGAGGUUGUGGCGGUAAAGAUCCUGAAGAAUCAUCCAUCAUAUGCACGACAGGGCCAGAUUGAAGUAGGCAUCCUAGCACGCCUCAGCAGCGAGAAUGCAGAUGAGCAUAAUCUGGUGCGAGCUUUCGAGUGUUUCCAGCACCGUAGCCACACCUGCCUCGUGUUUGAGAUGCUGGAGCAAAACCUGUAUGACUUCCUCAAGCAGAACAAAUUCAGCCCGCUACCUCUGAAGGUGAUCCGUCCCAUUCUUCAGCAGGUGGCCACGGCGUUAAAAAAGCUAAAGGCCAUGGGACUGAUCCACGCGGACCUGAAGCCUGAGAACAUCAUGCUGGUGGACCCUGUACGGCAGCCUUACCGGGUGAAAGUCAUAGACUUUGGCUCAGCCAGUCACGUCUCCAAAGCCGUCUGCUCGACGUACCUCCAGUCGCGGUACUAUAGGGCUCCAGAGAUCAUUCUUGGCCUGCCUUUUUGUGAAGCCAUAGACAUGUGGUCGCUGGGAUGUGUGAUUGCUGAGCUCUUCUUGGGCUGGCCCCUCUACCCAGGAGCCCUCGAGUUCGACCAGAUCCGCUACAUUUCACAGACGCAGGGUCUGCCAGGAGAGCAUCUGUUAAACGUGGGGACGAAGACGUCUCGCUUCUUUUGCCGGGAGUCAGACUCUCCGUAUGCGGCCUGGAGACUGAAAUCUACAGAAGAUCAUGAGACAGAGACGGGGCUGAAAUCAAAAGAAGCCAGAAAGUACAUCUUCAGCUGUUUGGAUGACAUAGCGCAUGUGCGUAUCUUUGGAUCAAGAACACAAGUGAAUCUAGUGAUGAAUCUGGAAGGCUGUGAUUUGUUGGCAGAGAAGGUGGAUCGUGCAGAGUUUGUGGGUUUGCUGAAGAAGAUGUUGUUGAUAGAUGCAGAGGAAAGAAUCGCCCCGAGUGAUGCCCUUAGCCAUCCUUUUGUUACCAUGCAGCACCUGUUAGACUUCCCCCACAGCAACCAUGUCAAAUCGUGUUUUCACAUUAUGGAUGUGUGCUGCUCACGACCGGGCAGUUACGAGUCUCUGAGUCGGACCAAGGCUCCGUUUGUCAGGACUGUCCCGAGCACUGCUGCAGCGCCCAGCAUUACCCUGCCCUUCUGCAAGGUGACUGGCAUUCACACUCAGGCUUUAGCCUCAUCCGCUCCUUCAGUGAUGCAUCCUGGAAUACCUCUACAAACAGGAAGUGCUCAGUUUGGUGAUUCUUUUCAACAGGCGCUUAUUCUCUGUCCCCCAACUUUGCAAGGUCUCCCACCUAACCCCAAAAAACCAACUGGAUACUCAGUGCGAAUGGAAAGUACAGUACCACUGGUGACGCAAGCUUCUGCCAUCCAGCCUCUACAGAUCAGACCAGGGGUCAUUACACAGCAAGCGUGGUCAAGUCGUGCCCAACAGAUCCUGGUGCCCACCUGGCCUCAGGUGGCCCCGGUGGCCCCUGUGGCACCUUCAGCAACAACAAUGGCCUCAGAAACAGUGGCAGGUCCACAAAGACUAGCGGAUUGGGGGAAAGUUCAUUCCCUUGGCAACCAUUACAGCUCCAUUAUGCCCCACCACCAGCCACUGUUAACCAACCCAAUGGCCAUGUCAGCUCACCAGCCUAUCAGCAUAGGGAUUGCUCAUGUGGUGUGGCCGCAGCCAGCUGCUAACAAGAGAAACAAACCAUCUUCAAACAGAAGUAACAACUUCAUACACAGCUCCAAUUCCCAAAAUUCAUCAUGCCAGUCCCCAAAGAUGGUAGGCAGUGCCAAAAACACAGAGGAGGAGGCAGUGGAUUGUGCAGUGGAGGCGGAGUCUGAGGCGGUGCCAGAGGAGGAGCCUGUGUGCUGUAAAGCAGAACCAGAAUACGAGGACUCCCCUGUGUCUCAGAAGCAGAGACAGACCAUCGUGAUCGCAGACUCUCCGAGCCCUGCUGGCAGCGUCAUCAGCAUCAGCAGUGGAACAGACGAAGAGGGGCUGGACACUCAGAAACAUUCACUAGAGUGUAAGGGUAGCCCGGAGUGUGAGGCUUGUCAGAGCACACUGAAUAUGGAGCGCGUGUGUUCCCUUAGCAGUCCUGAUUCAACCCUUAGCACCAGUUCAUCGGCUUCAGAGCAGUCCAGUGCCUCCCCCUGCAAGAGACCCAACAGUAUGUCAGAAGAUGAGCGUGAGAGUGGAUGUGAUACGGUAGAUGGCUCACCUGCGUCGGUGUCCUCCAGUCGAGCUGACAGCCCUUUCCUCGAGGCCACCUAUAUCAAUGACAACAACCAGAACUGCAAAGCCAAUGGAGCCACAGAGGCCGAGUCUACCCAGCUGCCCGUCCGCACCAUGGUGGUGCCACCCAUGCGGGUUCAGAAUAAUGAACCAAUGGGCCGCACAGAGCCGUCAUGCCCCCCCAAAGGCCGCAGUGGUUCCAACAGACAGCCGCCCUACUCGACGUUACUGGUGAAUCGGCAACAGAAGACAGCACAGGCUUUCCCGCCCCUGCAGCCCUCUCAACCGCAGCUCCCCUUCGGACAGGUCCAGCAUUAUGGGUCGUCCCACCAGGAGUGGAAUGGCAACUACAGCCACCGCCGGCCUCAAGCGUUCAUCCCACCCACCGUUCACGGCCACACGUUCACGCUGCCUCAUGGCAGUCCCACCCACACAGCCCACCCUCCUCAAACACACCUGGGCGUCCACCCUCACACCCAGCCGACUUUACUGUCCUACCCCCCUUCAGGGCCCCUGGUCACAAAUGCCCCAAUGGCCCACCUCUUGGCUUCACCCGGUGCGACGCGGAAUCACGUCUUUCAGCCAGCUUAUGGCCUCUCCCAUCCGGCGGGACACCUCGUGCACCAGGUCACUGUGGGGCUCAACCGCCUCUUGCCCUCUCCAACCCUCCACCCUCAAGGCCAAUUCAAGCCUCUGUUCCCCCCACACUCCUUCAUCGCAUCACCCGCAUAUGCAGGCUUCCCGCUCAGUCCCACCAAACUAAACCAGUACCCAUACAUCUGAGACUCGCUCUGCAACCCUCUGGAGGGGCCGCCGCCACGGACGUAACGCCAGGCUCUCUGCAGGAACCACAAACCACCCGGUUCUCGCACACCAAAGCCAUGGCGCAAGCGAGGGAGAAAGCGGUUUCUUCGAAUCACGUAGACUUG